AUGUCCAGUUUCUUCAGUGUCGGUGGCGUCAUGAGCUUCGUGUGGUUCUUCGAGAUCGGCCUCGGUCCCAUUCCGUGGUUGAUUGCAUCCGAAAUGUUUCCACCCAAGUCACGUACUGCAGCGACGUCCAUUGCGACGAUGGUCAAUUGGUUGGGUCUGUUCAUCAUUGGCAUUGUCUUUCCAACCAUGCAAAGGGCGCUGGGCAACUUUAUCUACGUCCCCUUUGCCAUCACGCUGUCCCUCACGUUGGCCUUCUCCCUCAAGUUUGUACCCGAGACGAAGGGCAAGACGCUGGAUGAAAUCCAACAAGAAGUCAACCACCACUAG